GCAUAUGCAGAAUUGUUUUGGAGCUAUCACAUCAAAUAUCUGCGACAAGUCAGGAGGGACAACUACUGUGUACUACGAGCAGUACUUUUUCAAAUAUUCAGUCAAGGCAUUCCUUUUCCAUCAUGGAUGAAGGAGAGAGAUAUUUUAAAGCUCCCUGAAAAGCUUUUGUAUUCUCAAGGUUGCAACUGGAUUCAGCAAUACAGUUUUGGGCCGGAAAGAUACACGGGUCCCAAUGUCUUUGGUAAAUUGCGCAAAUGUAUGGAGACGUUAAAGACCAACUGGACUGAAAUAAGUGCUACUAAAGAUCAUGAAGAAAGAGGAAACAUGUGUAAUACACUCUUUUCUGAUGAGAGCAAGGAGCACAAACUGUAUGAGGCCAUAAAAUUCAUCAUGCUCUAUGAAGUUGUUGAAGCCUAUGAGCAGAUAAAGAACAGGGAGGAACCUAUACACAACUUUUUUAGCCUUCUCCUUGCUCGUGAUUCUUCGUCUGACCCUUUGAGUUUCAUGAUGAAUCAUCUGAAUGCCAUAGGUGACUCUAUUUGCCUCGACCAGGUUGAACUGUUUCUUCUUGGAUACUUACUUGAAGUAAAGAUACGAGUUUACAGACUGCAUAGGUUUAAUACUGAGGAAUUUAAAGUAAACUAUCCAGAUGAAUACCGAAGGGAAUGGAAUGAGAUUUCUCUCCUGACUGAGGACGAUCGCUACUAUCAUAUCCCCCUUUUCAGAACGUGAAGCACCAGUGACUUUUAUUCCUUUGUAUAAUAUAAUGAGUGACCAGUUCCAGUGAAUUAGGUUUCUAAUUGGCAGAAGUAAGAUUUUGAGAAUGCUCGUUAAUGAUUACAAAAUGAUUUAUGGGUUUAUUGUGUAAACAUUUUGCUUUCCCAUUACAGCU